AUGUCUGACGCUUCAAUUCCCCAGCACAUAUUGAUCAUCGGAGCCGGCGUCUUCGGUCUCUCCACGACGCUCUCGCUCCUCUCCAACCCCGCAUACAAUGCGACACGCAUAACCAUCAUCGACGGCUCGCCCUCGCUCCCGAACCCUUCUGGCUCGUCCGUCGAUGCGAACCGUAUUGUCCGGGCCGACUAUGCCAACAAACACUAUGCCAAGCUGGCUUCCCAGGCCCAAGCGCUCUGGCGCGACAAAAGGAAGGAGGCGUGGGGAGGGGAAGACAGAUACCAUGAGCCCGGGUUUGUGCUGACUGCUGAUGAGGACAAAGAUGCCUAUUUACGGGAAUCUCUGGCCAAUGUGAGGACUCUGGCACGAGUGGACGCCAAUGUGGACAUCAGCAAGAUCAGAGAACUACACGGGCAAGACGAGAUCCGACAAGCCACGGGUUACGAGAACGUCAGUGGGGACCAUGGCUACGCGAACUUCAACUCAGGAUGGGCCGAUGCCGAGGCGUGUGUGGCUUAUGCCCUGAAGAGGGUACAAAGCGAGAGUGAUGGUCGCGUAACCGUCCGCCCUGGUACACAGGUCGCGAGGCUCGUGUUUUCCGGAAGCAGUUGUCAGGGCGUGGAACUAGUCGGAGGGGAGCAGAUUCUCGCAGACCUGACUGUCCUUGCAGCUGGGGCGUGGAGCCCCAGCCUCAUUGACCUCCAAGGGCGAUGUUUGGCCACUGGGCAGACGAUGGCCUUUCUGGACAUCACGCCGGACGAGCAGGCGGCCAUGGGCAACCGGCCGACCGUCAUGAACAUGAGCCGAGGGAUGUUCGUGAUCCCGCCGAGAGGGAAUGAGCUGAAGAUCGCCAGACAUGGGUAUGGGUAUCGAAACUUGGUGAAAGUGCCAAGGGCCGUCAUCGACCCUGACGUCUCGAACGGCGUUGAUGCCGGAUACGUGGAAGUCAGCGUCCCCAAGGUUGGCAUACCCAUCCCACUCGAGGCUGAAGAAGCCCUGCGAGAAGCUCUGCGUGAGAUUCUGCCUCAAAUGGCCGACAGACCCUUCACUCGCACACGGAUCUGCUGGUAUUGUGAUACACCCAGCGGCGACUUCCUCAUAACCUUCCACCCGCGGUUCCAGAACCUGUUCCUCGCGACGGGCGGGUCCGGGCACGGCUUCAAAUUCUUCCCCGUGAUCGGGGACAGGAUCGUGGCCGCGAUCCAGGGCACGCUGGAGCCGGAGUUGGCGCAGAUCUGGCGGUGGAGGAGUCCGGAGGACUUGAAGAAGGAAAUGAUCAACUCCGACGAGGAGGAAUUCACGGCGUGUGAAGACGGGAGUCGGGCGGGGAGGAAGGGCAUGCUCCUGGAGGAAGAGAUGCAGAGGCAGAAGAAGAGGACGUGA